UCCGGCUCCGAGAAGUGGCGGGAACCUUGGCAGCGCCCCGAGCGGGCGCGGCUCUAAUCGAGGGACGCCGGGGCCCGAGUGCAGGGGCCCGGCCGAAGCGCAGAGUUGGCAUUUCCAGAUUGGGGCUCGGACCGCCCCUCCUUCGGGACCCUGCCCUCGGGACCGAGCUGAUCGCCGCGGGCGCUUGGGGCCAGCUCUCUUGGCGCGAAAAGGUGGACAAGUCCUAUUUUCAAGAGAAGAUGACCUUUAACACUUUUGAAGGAUCUAAAACUUGUAUGCCUGCAGACAUCAAUAAGGAUGAAGAAUUUGUAGAAGAGUUUAAUAGAUUAAAAACUUUUGCUAAUUUUCCAAGUAGUAGUCCUGUUUCAGCAUCAACACUGGCACGAGCAGGUUUUCUUUAUACUGGUGAAGGAGAUACCGUGCGGUGCUUUAGUUGUCAUGCAGCAGUAGAUAGAUGGCAGUAUGGAGAUUCAGCAGUUGGAAGACACAGGAAGGUAUCCCCAAAUUGCAGAUUUAUCAAUGGCUUUUAUUUUGAAAAUAGUGCCAUGCAACCUACAAAUCCUGGUGUCCAGAAUGGUCAGUACAAAGUUGAAAACUAUCUGGGAAAUAGAAAUCAUUUUGCUUUAGACAGGCCAUCUGAAACUCAUGCAGACUAUCUUCUGAGAACUGGACAGGUUGUAGAUAUAUCAGACACCAUUUACCCAAGGAACCCUGCUAUGUGUAAUGAAGAAGCUAGAUUAAAGUCAUUUCAGAAUUGGCCAGACUAUGCCCACUUAACCCCAAGAGAGUUAGCUAGUGCUGGACUCUACUACACAGGUAUUGAUGAUCAAGUGCAGUGCUUUUGUUGUGGUGGAAAACUGAAAAAUUGGGAACCUUGUGAUCGUGCCUGGUCAGAACAUAGGCGACACUUUCCUAAUUGCUUCUUUGUCCUGGGCCGGAACAUUAAUAUUCGAAGUGAAUCUGAUGUUGUGAGUUCUGAUAGGAAUUUCUCAAAUUCAACAAAUCUUCCAAGAAAUCCAUCCAUGGCAGAUUAUGAAGCACGGAUCAUUACUUUUGGGACGUGGAUAUACUCAGUUAACAAGGAGCAGCUUGCAAGAGCUGGAUUUUAUGCUUUAGGUGAAGGUGAUAAAGUAAAGUGCUUUCACUGUGGAGGAGGGCUAACUGAUUGGAAGCCCAGUGAAGACCCUUGGGAACAACAUGCUAAGUGGUAUCCAGGGUGUAAAUAUCUGUUAGAAGAGAAAGGACAAGAAUAUAUAAACAAUAUUCAUUUAACCCAUUCACUUGAGGAGUCUCUGGUAACAACUGCUGAAAAAACACCGUCACUAACUAAAAGAAUUGAUGAUACCAUCUUUGAAAAUCCUAUGGUACAAGAAGCUAUACGAAUGGGAUUCAGUUUCAAGGACAUUAAGAAAAUAAUGGAAGAAAAAAUUCAGACAUCUGGGAGCAACUAUAAAUCAUUUGAAGUUCUGAUUGCAGAUCUAGUGAGUGCUCAGAAAGACAGUACACAAGAUGAAUCAAGUCAGACUUCAUUGCAGAAAGAGAUUAAUACUGAAGAGCAGCUAAGGCGCCUGCAAGAGGAGAAGCUUUGCAAAAUCUGUAUGGAUAGAAAUAUUGCUGUAGUUUUUAUUCCUUGUGGACAUCUGGUCACUUGUAAACAAUGUGCUGAAGCAGUUGACAAAUGUCCCAUGUGCUACACAAUCAUUACUUUCAAGCAAAAAAUUUUUAUGUCUUGAUCUAACUCCACAGUAGGCAUGUUAUGUUCUUCUUAUCCUGAUUGAAUGUGUGAUGUGAACCGACUUUAAGUAAUCAGCAUUGAAUUCCAUUAGCAUUUGCUGCCAAGUAGAAAAAUAUGUAAACAGCAAUGUCUUAGUUGGCAAUCUAAACUUUGAAUUUCUGGAUUUUCAGGGUAUUAGCUGUAUUAUUUAUCCAAUUUCUUUUACUGUUAUUUAAUUGAAACCCUAGACUAAGAAACAUCAUAUUAUAACUGAUCACAAUGUGUAUUUGUAGUGUACUGACUUAGUUUCUAAGUGUAACUGAAUUAAUCAUCUGAAUUUUUCAUUCUUUUCAGAUAGGCUUAACAAAUGGAGCAUUCUGUAGAAACGUGGAGAUUACAGUUAAUCUCCCCAAUCACAUAAUUUGUUAUGCAUGAAAAAGGAGUGAACCGUUCCACGCUGGUGGAAAGACAGAUUAUUUUUAGA